AUAAUAUUAAAGGCGCAGACCACGACCACAAUCCGAUGGAGUUGGCCGUGACGAACGAAACCACUUCGUCGUCGCCCGCGACGCCGGUGCUUCCGGUUUUUUGGGUUAACUUGUUCACGUACGCGUUCUACAUAUUCGGCAUAUUCGGCAACCUGUUGUCGCUGUUUAUACUGCACCGGGCCCGGUCGAGCGCCAACAAGAGGCACGUGUUCAUGUUGCAUUGCCUGCUCACCAACGAUUGCUUCCUGUUGGUCGGCCAUCUAGUACUGACGUUCGUGCACAACACGUGGAUAAAUAACAACAACAACUUGUGGAUGUGUCGGAGUUGCGUCCUGUUUCGGUUCUUCGUGUGGGGCGCCGUGUGCGCGGCCAUCGUGAUGGCCGUCGAUCGCUGGUUGGCGCUCACCAAACCUUUUUUUUACCUAAAACAUAUUAACUUUCGUCUAAUGAAACGAACGAUAGUCAUACUUUGGUUUGAAGUACUGUGUUUGGUGUGCGCACCAUUCUUUGGAUUCGGUCUUUACUGGGAUGAGACUCAGUGUAAGGAUUUUCAAGAUGCCGAGAAGCCUCUGGACGUGUUAUACUUUUACUUAUACUUUGGUCACGGUGUUAUUCUUACCAUUGCAAUGGUUUACACGAACUUAGCCGUUAUGAAAGCUCUGUGCGUGAAAGACAGUCAUAUUCAGAACAACCACAACGAGUUAAUAAGACAUAUUCACCACCAAGGAUCGUCGAUGACUCACAACUGGCUCACCGAAGAAGAACGAUCGUUUGGGUGGUUCGUGUUGUUAGUGUGCGUCGGGUUUGUCACAUUAUGGGUCCCGCAAAUGUUCGCAACACUGUUGACCAGGUUCAUCGCGGAUAAGUCAGCGAUUAAGCAGAUCAAAAUGGCUGUGGGAGUGCUUCUGGCCAUUCACUUCGUGCUCAACCCGUACUUGAACGUGCUCCACCACUGGAAGUUGGUAAAGUCCACCUGUUCGCGACCGAAGAACAUCAACGCCAGCGGCGGUAGCGCGAACGGAAGUCGCAGCGUUUCCUUGAGAACGACGUACAAAGUAUCUACGCCACAGAUGCUAUGAUGGCGAUAUAGGUACAAUGGAUACAGUCCAGUGGUCGAUCUAGAAUUUUUUUUUAGGUGGGCUCAUUGUCUUUUUCUUAGUUUUAUGACACAAAUAUUUAAAAACGGCCCAAUUUAUUAAUCUAGAUGAUAGGCCAGUUGGGGGGGGGGGAUCUGGCCCCUCUUUAGUCCACCACUGCUGCAGUCUGCUGUUGCACGCGUGUGUUUGAACAUACAAUCAUAAGAUAUUAUAAAAGUACUAUAAAGUAUAAAUUAACUAAAUUAGUUAAAGUACUUAUAAUUAAUUUGCAUGUGUUAAGUUAAGUCCCACGUCGCUGGUAUAUCUGAGUAUGUGGCCAACACCGGUCAGCGGCCACUGGAGACAUUACACGCCCGUCAUCUGGGCCUGGGUGGUAUUAUAUUAUAUUGUGUACGAUUGUUAGCCACCAACUCAUACCUGCAGCUGUGCAGGAUUGUUGGGAAUUCUUUAAUAAUAAGUUGUUUUCAAAACUAUAAAAUUUGUUACUUUAAAAUGUAUUUUUGUAUUAAUACA